GCAUAACUCACAUGUCAUCUUCCACAUGAGAAGCUGGGGCUGGCUGGAACCGAAGGGCCCUGGUGAUGGGGCAGGCAGGCAGCCACCUUGCUGUGGGCUGUGGCUGGCAGGGGCUUGCUGCCAGACUGGGAGCGGAUGUGCCAAGAUGCCGUGGAGGUUUGCUGGGACUGUGGUGUGGACAUUUCCAUCCAUUACUUGAGUGUACCUGUGUCACACCAUCUCCUAAUGUUCCAAGGGCUGGCCUGGAUGCAGGAGGGUUUGAGCUGUAAAAGUUAAUUCAGCAAAGCCAGGUAUUGCAGACUGUGCACAAAGACCUGUCCUGGCACAGCCCGGGUGCCUGUGUGUGUGAUGCAGGGGAUUCAGGUGGCACACAGCAGACAGGAGCCUGGGAUAAACCUUAGGGAGUGCUUGGAGAGCAUGACCUGUAAGGGACAGAGGGACUGGAGUUUUUUAGAGAAGAGAAAGGGAAGCUUCACACCCGUUAACACCUGCACAUAUCUCCCAGGUCUGUCCUGCUACAAGGGAAGUUCAGCCUUUCCCACCUUCCUCCCUGGAGAUGAGAAGUAAGGGAGCCUUAGUGAAGAUACUGGAGAGGAAACUCCUCAACAGCAGAUCUGGUGGUACAGGGGCAGUUUUUGUGAGGAGCUGUCUGAGCCUCUGCAGAGCAGAGGGGGAAGGUGUCAGAGCAAGAGGUGUAGCUCAUUUGACCUGGAUCUUCAGGGGCUGCUGAGCUGUCAUGGGGAACACCACCAGCGAGCGGGUGUCUGGGGAGCGCCAUGGCUCCAAGUCCCACCGCUCGGACGGCUCCGGUGCCUCCCACCCCGCCAAGGAGCAUCCGCACAAGAUCAUGGUGGGCAGCACCGACGACCCCAGCGUUUUCAGCUCCCAGGACUCCAAGAUUCCUGGGGACAAGGAGUUUGUGUCGUGGCAGCCAGAUCUGGAAGAGUCAGUGAAACCAUCCCAACAGGCUCGUCCGACUGUCAUACGCUGGGCUGAUGGAGGCAAGGAGGUCUUCAUCUCUGGAUCCUUCAACAACUGGAGCACCAAGAUCCCACUCAUAAAGAGCCACAAUGACUUCGUUGCUAUCCUGGACCUUCCAGAAGGAGAGCACCAGUACAAAUUUUUUGUGGAUGGCCAGUGGGUCCAUGAUCCAUCUGAGCCUGUGGUUACCAGCCAGAUGGGGACGAUAAACAACCUCAUCCACGUCAAGAAGUCUGACUUCGAGGUGUUUGAUGCGUUGAAGGUGGAUUCCCUGGAAAGCUCAGAAACCUCAGGUCGGGAUUUAUCCAGCUCCCCACCAGGGCCUUAUGGCCAGGAGAUGUACGUAUACCGGCCCGAGGAGCGCUUCAAAUCCCCACCCAUCCUCCCACCUCACCUCCUCCAGGUCAUCCUCAACAAGGACACCAAUAUCUCGUGUGACCCAGCACUGCUGCCCGAGCCCAACCACGUCAUGCUCAAUCACCUCUACGCGCUCUCCAUCAAGGAUGGCGUGAUGGUGCUCAGUGCCACUCACCGCUACAAGAAGAAGUACGUCACCACACUGCUGUACAAGCCCAUCUGAGCUGGGGCCUCACACGCUCCCCACACAGGACACAAAAUGCCGCUUGUCUGCACACACUGGGCCACGGGACUGUGUGACAACUGGCCACUGGCUCCAGCCUCCAGCCUGGCAGGGACACGGGCCCCAGCAACAAGCUCAGGGCCACUGGGGCCUGUGACGCUGUCCCAUCCUACCGGCGUGGUUCAGCCCUUGGUUUCCACCCACCUGCAGCUUCCCUUGGCUUCUGUGAGUCUCUGGGACCACUUUGCUGCUCACCAGAACAGCCCUUCCUCAUGUUCAAGACAAAAAGGGCUUCACCCUGCCUGUCUUCUCCAGCCUGUGAGGGCCUCAAGGUGGUCCUGGCACUGCACCCAGUCCAGGCAUCCAGGAACACAUGCUGUUCUUCUGAAGGUUGUGCUGCUGCCCUGGUGCUGAAUCCCCAAGGCCAUCUUGUCUGCUAGGGGCUCUGUGACACUCCAGCGUGACACCUGCCCCCUGUUCCACAGCCCUGGCCGUGGGGCUGCCCCCCAGCUUUUUUGAACCUCUGCAAGGUUCAGCGUUGAGCCAGCAUGAUGGACGGUACAGCUGGACACAGCCCCUCUUACCUGCUGCUGUGAGAGCACCAUCAAGGACUGCAACACCCUGUCCCCAAUAUCAGCUGCUUCUGUGGGACAGGGCUCACUUUGUCACAGCCACCGGCACAUGCCCAUGCUGGAGGAGCCUGGGAAGAGCAGAGCCGGGCAGGCACUCCAGAACCCCGGCUGCACCGCCUGCUGCCGUAGCAGUGCCGUGGGACAGGGGGUUCUCUAUUUAUUACAGUAUUUAUUGUUCUC